AUGCUUGGUACACAACAAUCAACAGGGAUGAUUGAUAUAACUAAAGAACCAAUAUCUUCUUUUAUUGCAAAUAAUUAUCGAACAGCUGAAAUUAUUGCUUAUAUGAAAAGUCUAUGUGAUGAUACAAAAAUAUACAAUAAAAUGAGAUUAAUGUUACUUGGAAAUGAACAAACAGGCAAAACAUCAUUAUUACAAGCUUUUAAACGAGAAAGUUCGAAUAUGAAUAAUGCUCAACAAAAUCAACGAAAAAAAUCUACAACAACACGUAAUUUUCCAAUUCUUGAUAUAUCAGAAUGGAUAUAUGACAAAACACCUCGUACAUCAUUAGGUCCAGUUACAUUUCGUAUUUGGGAUUUUGGUGGAGAACAAGAAUUCCAAUCAGUUUAUCAAUAUUUUUUUACUCGACGUACACUUUAUAUAAUCUGUUGGAAAAUGACUGAAUAUGAUAUGAAUGAACAAAUCUUUGAAACAAUCCAUAAUAUUUUAAUAAAUAUUCAAGUAAGUUGUUGUUUUUUUUCUAUUAUUUUAUUCCUAUAA